UGUCAAAACAGUAAACUGAAUCGCGUCUGCAAUCGUAUUUAUUUCAACCUCACAUCACUAGUUGUUUAAAUUGUGUAUUUCCAUCAAAUCCAAUCGAUAGAAUGUCCGAUUCGGAGAAAUCUCGUUCGCAACGAGAUAAACGCGAGCACAGCGUCUCACCACGGCCCACACCCGGUAGCCCAACGCAGCAGGAAAAGCGUCGUAAGAAAGUAUCCCGCAGAGGACGCGAUUCUCGCUCUAGGUCCAGGUCGCGUUCUCGUUCGCGAAGUAAGGACAGACGAAACAAACGGGAAGAAUAUAGAUCCAGAAGAAGCCGAUCUCGAUCAAACGAUCGGGAUCGCAAACGUAAGGAACGUCGAACUUCGCGAGAUCGUAGAAGUUUAGAAUCGGGUGAACGUUCCCGUAGUACGAGUAAUGAAAAGGAUGAUACUACGGUACCGCCAAAACCCGAACGAAACGAUGAGACUAAAAAAGCACCCAUCCGACGGACGGUGGAUUUGCUCACGUCAAAAACAGGAGGAGCAUAUAUUCCACCGGCUAGAUUGCGAAUGAUGCAGGCGGAAAUUACGGAUAAAACAUCCGCAGCGUAUCAGAGAAUUUCAUGGGAAGCGCUGAAAAAGUCAAUUCAUGGAUACAUUAACAAGGUGAACGUGGAUAACAUUGGAAUCAUCACCAGGGAACUGCUGCGGGAAAAUAUAGUUCGGGGAAGAGGUCUUCUCUGUCGAUCGAUUAUUCAAGCGCAGGCAGCUUCCCCAACAUUUACUCACGUCUAUGCCGCACUGGUUGCAAUAAUCAAUUCAAAGUUCCCGAACAUUGGCGAGCUGCUACUGAAGCGAUUGGUCAUCCAGUUCAAGCGAGGCUUUCGGCGGAACGACAAAAGCAUUUGCUUGUCUUCCUCUCGUUUCGUAGCUCAUCUGGUGAACCAAAGGGUGGCACACGAAAUUCUUGCCCUAGAAAUUCUUACCCUUCUGGUGGAGAAUCCGACCGAUGAUUCGGUUGAGGUGGCAAUCGCAUUUCUCAAGGAAGUAGGCCAAAAGCUGACUGAAGUGUCGGGGAAGGGUAUCAAUGCAAUUUUUGAGAUGUUGAAAAAUAUCCUCCACGAAGGAAAAUUGGACAAGCGAGUGCAGUACAUGAUCGAGGUGGUGUUUCAGAUUCGCAAGGACGGGUUUAAGGAUCACACGGCGGUUAGUGAUGCACUGGAACUGGUAGAGGAAGAUGAUCAGUAUACACAUUUGAUUAUGUUGGACGAAGCUACUGACACGCAGGAUAUUUUAAAUGUUUUUAAGGUGGACAACGAGUAUGAAGAAAACGAGACAAAAUACAAGGCAAUCAGUAAGGAAAUUCUAGGAAGCGAUGCCAGUGGUGAUGACGGUGAGGAAGGAGCAUCGAGUGGUAGUGGCAGUGGGAGCGAUUCCGAAGGAGAUGACUCCGAGGGUGGUAGUGACGAGGAAGGCGAUGCGGCACAGAAACAGCUGAUUGUUGAUAAUACGGAAACCAAUUUGAUUGCGUUACGCAGAACAAUUUAUCUCACGAUUCACUCCAGCUUGGACUACGAGGAGUGUGCCCACAAACUGAUGAAAAUGGAACUUAAACCGGGGCAGGAGCAGGAAUUGUGUCACAUGUUUUUGGAUUGCUGUGCCGAACAGAGAACCUAUGAAAAGUUUUACGGGCUGCUGGCUCAACGGUUUUGCAUGAUCAACAAGAUUUAUAUCGAACCUUUUGAGGAGAUAUUUCAGGACACUUAUUCAACUACUCAUCGAUUGGACACGAACCGUCUCCGAAACGUGAGUAAAUUUUUCGCCCAUCUGUUCUUUACGGAUUCCAUUGGUUGGGAUAUUAUGCGUUGCAUUCGUAUGAACGAAGAAGAUACGACAAGUUCCAGCCGCAUAUUCAUUAAAAUUCUGUUUCAAGAACUAGCCGAAUACAUGGGUCUGGUGAAGUUGAACAAUCGUCUCAAGGACCCAACAUUGGCCGAACCCUUCUCGGGGCUAUUUCCGCGAGACAACCCGAAAAACACUCGUUUUGCCAUUAACUUUUUCACCUCAAUCGGUUUGGGUGGACUAACUGAUGAGCUUCGAGAGUUCCUCAAGCAUGCUCCCAAACAAAUCGCUCAACCGAUUGCUGCCCCGGUUGCCCAGAAAGACGCUGGCAGUUCAUCAUCUAGUUCUUCAUCGUCGUCGUCGUCAUCGUCUUCGGACUCUAGUUCCAGUUCUUCCGAAUCCGAAGACGAUCGGAGAAGAAAGAAGAACCAGAAGAAAUCGAAAACGCGAUCAGACGAGAGAAGGUAUUCGAAACAACCCGAGGAUCGGUCAUGGUCAAAUGGAAGAGGAAGAGGGAAGGAUGGUCGAACCGAAGGUCGUAGAAAUGAUGAUCGGUACCGAGAGACAGUACCUGAACGGCGAGAAUCUCGCAAGGAUUAUCGGCAGGAUGACUAUCGAAGACGGGACAGAGGAGAACGGGAAGAGUUUGAGCAACGUCGCGAUAGAGAGCGAGGUGAUCGUGAGUACGAAUCCAACCGCGGAAGAGGUGAUGACCGUUCGACCAGUCGUCGGAAUAGGAGCAAAGAAAGGCGGUAGAGGCCAACAAACAAUUUCAACAUUUAUUCUUAUUAGAAUAAGAAAUAAAAAUAUAUAUUGUUUAGAAUAUGUAACAAAAUUUGAACUUAUUGUUAGGAGAAAGAACGCGGGUUAAAGCAGGCAAUUAAAUAAACGUUUAUUUUUGU